AUGUUGCUUUAAAGUAUCUAAAUCCAAGAAUUAAACUCUAUAAAUGAUAAUAAAUUCCAGUUAUAGUCUAAAGUAAAGAUAUAGAAGGUACAUUACUUACUAAGUAAUGAACACGAAGAGAUAGAUUACACUGAUUCUAUCGAAGAAGGAGUUGAGGAACGCUCUGUUGAAUAAAGAGACAACUAUAAGUCUAAAAAUGAGAAAAUUCAAAAUAGUCGAAAAAUGGAGCUCUCAAAAUUAACUCUUAAUCCAAUGAAUCCCACUCACUUUGGAAACACUUUUACCAGAAUUAAUGUUGAAAUACCCUCAUUAAGAAAUAAUUCAAACAAUAGAAGGGCCUAUGAAUCUGUAACUUGCGUAAUCUUAGCUUCUAAAUUCUGGGAUGUAAAGUACAUAAGUUACGGAAACAUCUAAGCUGGAAAAAGAUAGCUAUAAUAUUCAUAAGAAGAAUGCAACGCAAUCGAAAGAAAAAUUCUACUUUACGUCGGGUUCCAAAUAAAUCGAACUCAGGAAAUACACGUCAUAUCAUCGCAGUUCAUUUAAAAGGAGAUGAAUUUAAUAAAUAUCAAUAAGGUUGAUACAUUCAGAUUAGAGCAUAAAAUUCUUAAGUUAGUUCAUAAAAAUUGCAUUAUGGUUUAAAUCGCUAAAUUACUCCAAGUUUAGAAGAAUAUUUCAAUAUAAAAUCAUACUUUACUUCCUAUUGCUGUUGCCAUUAAUGCUACUUAAUAAUUAAUCAAUAAAUAAUACUAAAAAAUAGUAUAAAUAGCUUAAUCCUUAGAAAUUUUAGAUGAAACAUUCUAGUCAUUAAAUUAAUCUUUGAUUACUAUCGAAAAGCACUUUAAAUAAGUAUUAGAAAAUAUGGAAGAUGAAUCUAAAGAGGAUAUUCAGGAAUUUAUAUAACAAAUAAAAUCUUUAGAAGACCCUUUUCUAAAGAAAAAACGAGGUGCUUUUAACAAAUCUUAUUUGAAUAAAAUAAACACUGAUGACAUAUAACCGUGA